GCCUUGACCCAGCCGGCUACGGCUUUGAGACAGCUGUGGCCGCUUUGGAGGCCUUAGAUCCUGGCUUCGGCGCAGCGCUGCACCAGGCCAUGGCCUUGACACCUGCGGUUGCAGCGCUUUGGCGGAGCCCUGCGUUAGUGGGAGCUGUACAUAAACUUAAAGGUUGGCGGUCUGUGGCUGCCCAUCCCAUCUUCAACAUUCGGCCCAAGUCUCCUUCCGCGCGGGAGCUGAACUACGGCCUUCAUCAAGAUCCAGCCUUCUGGGGAGAGGCAGCGGCCGAAAUCGAUGUGGUCGCUGCCUGGUUGCCCCUCGUUCCUGUCUCCGAG